AUGUAUGUGAAAAUGCAUGCAUACUAUUCACUUCCCUUUCAACCUCUAAAGCUGACUUUUUAAAUUUCCGAGCAGAGGAGAUGGGAGUUGAGCACUCAGUAAAAUGGUUUCAGUAGUGAGAAUACUCGGGUUGAAACCAUUUUAUCUCUGUAAAAGAAAUUGUUACAGAAAAUAGCAGAGAAGAACUGAUCUUCAGAGGAGAUGAGAGUGGUUGGGUAGGGUGGUAGGGCCCGAGAGAAAUAGUUAGGGUUGGCUAGCUUGCUAUUAGCUGGAUGGAAAGCUAAGCUCUAAUGGCGCUUUCUAUUUGAAUGCAGCAGUCUCCAUCAAAUUCUCUCCCUAUUUUGAAUCUCCCUCUCCUUAUCUUCGUGUGUGUAUAUAUACACUACUCCGCACAACAUCUUCAAACCACACCCAUUUUCACCACUUCUUUCUCUCUGUUUUCUUGCUCUGUAUUUCUGACACAAACGCACUGCAGAAACAUAUACGUACGGCAGCCAUGUAUGUAAAUGCUGGUGGAUGGCUCUGUUUUUGCAUGGUAAUUGCAUUGGCAGUCUCUGUUUCCGGCAAACCAUCAACUUUUUUUGAAGAUUUUAAGGUGACAUGGGCUGAUUCCCACAUAACCCAGCUAGAAGGAGGCAGGGCCAUUCAGCUUUUGCUUGACCAAAAUUCAGGAUGUGGGUUUGCUUCCAAAAGCAAGUACUUGUUUGGGCGUGUGAGCAUGAAGAUCAAGCUUGUUCCCGGAGACUCUGCAGGAACUGUCACUGCUUUUUAUUUGAACUCGGACACUGACUCACUGAGGGACGAGCUGGACUUUGAAUUCUUGGGGAACAGGACAGGACAGCCAUACACAGUCCAGACGAAUAUAUAUGCUCAUGGAAAAGGUGACAGAGAACAGAGAGUGAACCUAUGGUUUGAUCCCGCUGCAGAUUUUCAUACUUAUACUAUUCUCUGGAACCAUCGCCACAUUGUGUUCUACGUGGACGAAGUUCCGAUCAGAGUGUACAAGAACAACGAAGCCAGAAACAUCCCGUAUCCAAAAUUCCAACCCAUGGGGAUUUUCUCCACAUUAUGGGAAGCGGAUGAUUGGGCGACGAGGGGGGGAUUAGAGAAAAUAGAUUGGAGCAAAGCGCCCUUCAAAGCAUAUUACAGAGACUUUGACAUUGAAGGGUGCGCAGUUCCAGGGCCAUCCAACUGCGCCACUGAUCCUAAAAACUGGUGGGAAGGGAAUGCUUAUCAAGCCUUGAAUGCCCUUGAAGCAAGAAGAUACAGGUGGGUCCGUCUCAACCACAUGAUCUAUGAUUACUGCACUGAUAAAUCAAGGUACCCAGUUACACCACCUGAGUGUGUCUUCGGCAUAUAGACGAUCAAAACCCACAACACAUAAAACCCUAAAUUGUGUAGUAAAAAAUAUGGCAUAAAAAAUUUUAUUCAAUGAGGGGAAAAUAAGUAUGCUGGUUGCAUAUGUGAAUUGGGUAUUUCCGAGUUUGAUUAUUUGGGUGGAGGAGAUACGAACCCAACAAAUUCCUACUUGUAACAUUAUUAUGUGUGUGUGUAUGUGUGUAUAUGGUAAUAAAGUUCCUUUUUUUUUGCUAUUGUA